UCUCCUUUGGACUCUGAAGGCGGGCGGGUGUGUGCAAGAGAGGGGGAUGGGUGUGUGCCUCUCUCCUCCCCAAAAGCCAGUGCAUGGGAAGCCAAAGCAGAAAGACCUCCAGGGGGCUGUAUGGCCAGAGGCAGCAGGGUGCACUGCCCCUUUAAGAGAGGGCUGGGACAUGGGGGACCUUUAAGGAACAGACGGGAGAACAAUUUGUGGCUUAUGCUCUGCUCCUUUAAGGAGGGGAGGAGGAGGAAGGUGUGCCGCUCCCACUCGCCUCCCCUGCUCUUUAAGAGUCUGAUGCCCUCAGCCGACACUGGGUGGCAGCAGCAGGAGGGAGGCCUGGCAGGGAGAAGGGGUGUUUGGGCUGGAUUCCAGGUUUUUUUAUGGUCCAGAAUAUGUACACAUCUCCCUCCACAGGGGUCCCCCAGUGUGGAUGGAAGGUUUGCACAGAGACCAAGGGGGACUCGCGGCUAACGUGGUGGUUAUUGCAUUGUGCAUCACAUAGUGGGGGAUCUGCUCCCCAUCAGAGCCCUGCCACUGCCCCUUUGUCUCUUUUCCUUUACCUCACCCUCUUCUCUAUUUUCCACCUCUGCAUUUCCUCCCCUGCAGCAGCUCCCAGUUCCCACCUCUGGAGGGCACAACUCCCCCCCGCCCCCAUUUCCCAUUCCAUCCAGCCCUGGAAUAGCGAAUAUUGCCGUAAAAGUGUUUUCAUUGGGCUUUAAAGCUGACACCCCAGUGAGAUUAGUAGGGGGCAGGGCUGUUCACCCCUUGGAGUUAUUGUUUAAGGCUGUCUGCAGACUCAGGCAGACCUUGUGCCUUCUCUGUGCACUCUGGCCCAUUUUAUUUCUGAAGCCAGGAGGGCUAGAAACAUACUUUAAAUGAACCCCACAAUUCUGCACAGCCUGAACAUGCGUCAUGUGGGCCACACCAAUACUGCACGAGGCUGGAUCUGGCCUGCAGGCUCCAUGUUGGAUGCCCCUGGUAUAGAAAGAGUCAGGGACCUCCCUGCUGCUGAAGCCCUUGGGAAGGAGAGAUAAAAGAAUGUUUCUUUCUCCUGAGUGAUGCCCCCAACUGCUCCCAAGAAGCCCUUCUCCGUGCUGCCCCCCAGCCAGACAGGCCAGUCUGGGGAGCUCUGGGAAGGGCCCUCCUGGAGGAUACACACAAGCAGUGCUGAGCUGUUAUGUCCCUUGUCUAUUCACACUUGUGAGAUCGUUGAGGAUGAGGACGGGGCUAGUGGGAGGAUCUGCGGUGCCCCUGUGGGACUGGCCAUGUGUGAAGUCUCCCAACUUCAGAUCUCCCCUCUCCACCAGAGCCCUUCUGAGCUCCACACUGAGGCCCCAGCUCCACCAGAAGCCAUUCCCAGCUGCUUUGAGUCCCAAAGAAAGUGUGUCCUUGGCUAUGGUUUGGUCAGGGAUGGGAUUGGGGCCUCUCUCCCCAUGGUCACUAGAGUUUGUCCUGUCCUGGUUAGGAGGGACAGAGAUCCAUCAGCAGCUGGUGGAUCUCUGCUGAGCCCAGUGGCAAAUGUGGCCAGGUGGUCCCAGCUGGCAGCAGUGGUGGACCCCAGGUGGGUGCAGGUGGAACUCUGCCCGCCCCUGGGGCAAUGCUCUCUCUGUCUAGGUCAGAACUUCAGCCGGGACUGGUAUAUGGGAAGCCUGAGCUGUCCCUGUGCCUUGGAGACACGGAGGACUUGAGGCUCCAGCGUUGUCACUGAAAGCCUGCCAGGCCUUUCCCAUGCCCUCUCCCCCGUGGUAUGGCCUGGCGAUCACCAGGUAUGCUGAGCCUGCUGUGGAGCCGAAUGCUGGGUCUAUGCAAAGCUGUUUCCCAAGGCACAAUCCUGAGCCCUUUGUUUUAUGAGCUACUCCUAAUGCUGAAUGUCAUCCCAUUGUGGCCUCCACGGCUUCUCCACCAGAACUCGACCAGCACCUGAUUACAUGGAAAGGGGUCUUGGCAUUGGUGCACAUUGGUCCAUCCUGUUUUCUGCCCAUGGGCUGCAGUACUUCGGUUGAAUUCUGGGGUUUGUGCUUGAUGUGAUAUACAGCGAGUCAGACUGGAUGCUCUGACACUUUCUGUUCCGGCACUUCCUGUCCUGAACUCUUGCGGAAUGUUGCUGUUGAACAGUGGCCACAUUUCACUCCAGAGGUGGCUGCAUUGUGCGUGUGGAAUGGCCCUUGGGGAUGAGCACUAUAGAAAUGCUGCAGGCUCAGUCCAGAGUAAGGUGCUGCCCAAGAUGAACUCCUCGUCACUGCUGGAGGACAACUCCAUAGAGCCCCCGGUGCUGCUGACUGACAUCAAGACAGAGCCCCCCGAAGAGCUGCUGGCCAGUGACUGCAACCAGCCCCAGGCCGAGCCAGUGGACCUGUCACUCAACAAGCCCAAGGUGUCGCUGCAGUCCUCCACCCUGCUGCCCUCUUCCAUCAGGUCCUCACCCAUGCUUGUGGCGCCGCCCAUCCAGGCCCCCGUGGUCUCCAUGUCACCCACGGGGCUGGGCUCUUCGUCCGCCAUCCCCGCUGUGCUGUCCCCUGGCUCCAUCCUGGCCUCUACGCAGGGCAGCGGGGGCCAGCAGAUUCUGCACGUCAUCCACACAAUCCCCUCGGUCAACCUGCCCAGCAAGAUGGGCAACUUGCAGACCAUCCCAGUGGUGGUGCAGUCCCUGCCCGUGGUCUACACCACGAUGCCCACAGAUGGGGUCACCGCCGCCAUCACAGUGCCCCUCAUCGGCGGCGAUGGCAAGAAUGCUGGAUCUGUGAAAAUUGACCCCAGCUCCAUGUACCCCCUGGAGAUGAACAGCGACAGCGAGGACAGCGUCACAGAGAGCAGCUCAGCCCCCUUCCAGGACCUGCAGAGAGAGUCGCGGUCGCCUGUGGCCCGGAUGCAGCGGGCCGAGUCCCCCGACUUGAAGAAGAGGCGGAUUCACCAGUGUGACUUUGAGGGCUGCAACAAGGUGUACACGAAAAGCUCCCACCUCAAAGCACACAGAAGGAUACAUACAGGAGAGAAGCCGUACAAAUGCACCUGGGAAGGCUGCACCUGGAAGUUUGCCCGUUCUGACGAGCUCACCCGGCAUUUCCGCAAGCACACGGGCAUCAAGCCGUUCCGCUGCUCGGACUGUGACCGCAGCUUCUCACGCUCGGACCACCUGGCCCUACACCGCCGGCGGCACAUCAUGAUGUGAGGGGGGGGCUCCGGCUCCUCCAUCACCCCGCUCACCCCCGCUUCACCGGCCACGGCGAAGAGACUGCGAGACGGGAGGCACCGUCCCCAGCUUGAUUCAGCCUGGCAGCAGGCUGGAUGCCAGCUUGGCACCUGUGGCUGCCCACACCUGAGAAAGCAGACCUCCUACCAUGCACACGAGGGCUAGAACGAGGCUCUGGAGAGAAGCCUGCUCCCUCUCUUCUGUUCUCCUCCCCUUCCUUCAGUGGCUGGAAAGCCCCGGGAUUCCUUGAAAUGGCACCCAGCUCCUCAUCUGGCUUUGAUUUUUUUGCACAUUGCCUCCUCCUCCUGGGUCAGGAAACACAGUGGACGUCCGGCUCGUGUGAGCACAGCGCCAGCUUGUCCCAGCGCGACCCUGGCCUUGGCGAGCGAAUCAGACUGGCCAGACGGCGUCGCUGCUGGCAGAAGGCUGCUGCUGGGGGUUGGAUUGGGGGUUUGGCUCACGGCUAGGGGCUGGCUGUCUCCUACCAAUGGGCUGAUGCAAUAGGACUCCAUUCCGGUGAAGCUGGCACUGCUGCCUCUCCUGUUCGUUUGGCACGUCAAACAUGGCUUGUCCUAGCUGGUCCGUUGGACUCCCCGAGCUCCCGAGGCACUGCUGGCAUUGGAGAACCUGCCUGGCCUUGGCUUGAUCUCUCUCUUUUAUCAACACUUGGGUAACUGACCGUUAACGAAGAGGCCUCAUUAUGUGAGGACAAGGGGUUCGUGGUGUUACCUGAGGAGGGAGGGCCCGAGGAACAAAGAAAAGGGAAAACUUUGCGGAACACGGAACUGUGAUGAUUUUAUCUGAUUUUAGGGGUGGGUGGGUUGGGGACCCUGAAUUCUGCCCACGCUGCAGGACCAAGGAAUAGGACAGUAGAUGCGUUUCUAACUUAAACCUAGCAGCCUGGACACGGACUGUUGCAUUUUUCUAUUGCUCUUCUGGCCUGCAGAGGCUGAGCCGGCGCUGCCCUGUGCUCUUGGUGGACUCCUGGGGCGCUGUACUGGAUUGUUUUUGGACUUGAUCUUGGGGGGCUGACGGGGUGGCUGUGGGGCUGGCAAUACGUCCAUGCACAGUUGAUUUUUUUUUUUUUUUUUUUUUUUAAAGAAUUGCUUUUCCCCUUCCCUUCUGCAGGGGCGGAGCUAAGAACCUGAUGCCUUUCCAGAUGCUCCUUUUUGUGUCUGCAUCUUUCUCUCUGAUGGAUUUGAGUUUGGCAAAUACAGGGAUGGAGUGAGCCUGCCAGACAGCAUCUGUGCUGCCCUCGGGAGAGGGGGCAAGUGCGGUGGCUAGAAUUGGUGAGGGGAGGGAGCCGGGAAGGAGAAGAUCGUCAAGAUGAGGCAAACUGGAUCCUCGUUCUGCUACCAGCCUGGGCUAGGGCUGUGGUGUUCCAGCUAAAGCCAAGAGGCUGCCAGCAAUCCUGGUAUUGACACGAUGUGUAUGCUGAAGGAGAGAGACUGGGGAGUCCCGUUAAAUGUUUGCUGUCCCUGGCUCUGCUUAUCACAUUGUUUCCCCAUUGCUUCCCAGUCCAGCUCAGCACUGAGUUCACGUAGCCCACCCCCCACAACUGCAUUUCACUGAGCAGAUUCUCUUUCUUUCUUGCAUCCCUUUAUUUAAGAAGGCUCUUGAUCCAUAGAUGCUGACUCUGUGGGUGCUCCAGGGCUCAAGCACCCACUGAAAAAAAUAGGGGGUGCCCACUAGCUGCAGGUCCUGAUUAAUCUUUUGUGGGCCCUGGUGCCUGGACCAUGGCCCCGCCUGUGCUCCACCCCUGCUCAACCCUGAGGCCCCGCCCUCGCUUGGCCUCUCACCCACCCACAAAAACAAAAGUCAGUGCUUGUGUUUUGAUCGACUCGCCACCCACUGCAGCUCCUUCACGCCUCAGUGGAACCUGGAGCCAGUCCAUAGCAGGUGAGGAAGAGGCUUGUGGCCACUAUCUGCCUGUGGGUUGUGCAGCGAGAUCCCAAGCCCUGCCUCUGAUGCAGGCCAGCCCCCUAUGAAAUGAUCUCCCUAGGCAUUGCCCCUUCCUCCAAGGGCGUGAACAAGUCCUCCUGCAUGAGGGCAAAUCCCACAGGGCCUGCUGCCCUUUCUGCAGCUUGAAGCUGCAGGACGAUUGUUUUGGGUGAGGUUCCAGAUGGGCUGGUAUUUGAAAUUCCAUUUGGGUCACUUUGCAGCUUGCAGCUCCAUGAGGAAGUAAAUUUAUUUCAUCCAAACUUCAAUCAGCCUACCAGGAACACAAAUCUGCCUGGACUUUUCCCAUCCCCCACACUCCUGUUACCUGGGUGGCCUCAGUGUUGCCAACUCUGGCUGUUUUUGUUGUUUUUCUUAAAGCUGCAGGUCCUGGACUCAAGUGACAAUCUCAGCUUUCAUUGAAAAGCAAAGUUUUUCCUACCUUCACGGUUGUGGAGCAAACUUUGAAUACGUGACCUCUAAAGGCUCAGAGAGAAAAAAGCCCUGCCCCUUCCCCACCUCCCCCAAAAAAACCUGUUUUAUAAAAAUCUCAUGAUUUUUAAAUCAAUCUCAUGAAUUUUAUGGGGGAAGGGGAUUUGACUCAUGAUUUUUGAACGCUCAGGGUUGACAAUACUGAGAUGAGAUCUGGGAAGCUGACAGGUCAUGUGUUUUGAUUUAAUUUCUUCAAUCUGCUGUUUCCCGAGUGUCAGUGCAAAGCACACACAUGCACACGCAACAGAGCACAACAAGAAAGCGAGGAGGGCAAGAGAUGUCAAACGGAAUGUUAGCUCCCCUCUGCUGAGCAGGGCAGGCUUUGCUUUGGGAUUUUUACCAUGAAAUUUUAAAAUCUUGAGCUGUGAGAUAUUUGUACAAAACUGUUUGGCGUUUUUCUACAUGGGAAUAAUAUGGAAAGUAGAUGCGUUUUAUUGGUGUGUGUCUUGCUUUUAAAAAGGGGUUUUUUAUCUUUUGGUUGGUGGGAGGGAAAAGGCUGUAGUUUCAAUCCUACAUAAAAACAAAUCUCCCUUUCUUGGUUUUUGGCAUGAUCUCUAUGCUUGGGGGGCAGGGAUAGCUUAGUGGUUUGAGCAUUGGCCUGCUAAACCCAGGGUUGUGAGUUCAAUCCUUGAGGGGGCCAUUUAGGGAUUUAAUUGGGAACUGGCCCUGCUUUGAGGAGGGGGUUGGACUAGAUCUUCUGAGCUCCCUUCCAAACCUAAUAAUCUAUGAUUCUGUGAAAGGGAAGAAGUUGUCAACCACAAUUUUGGGUUCCAAAAUUUAGAUUUCACCCCCCCCACCCCCAAAUAAAUGAAUGAAAAAGGGCUUUUACAAAACAUAAGAGCAAUAGACCUAUUUCUAUGGAGUUUUAACAAUAUAAUUCUAAAGAAAAUAGCAUUUACAUUUGGAAUUUGGAAGUAGCCAUUUGAAAAUUUCUUUAAACAAAUAAGACCCUCCCUUGAAGUGUUUGCAGCCCAAACACUGCAGGGCUGGGAACCCAGAAGUGAAACAGGCUGCAAGCAGAAGUGAAAUGGACUUCCUGGGUUGGCAGUGUUGAGACAGAGAACUGUAGACUGCCUACAGACUCAAACAAUAUAAGAAAGAAUGGGAUGCUUCAAAUUGCCUUUGGAUACCAUAAUCUGAGAUGGUGUUAGUGGCCAAGGCUAUAUUAUUAAUAGAGCUGGUUUUGUGAAGAAGUUUUGAAAUUGUUUUCUCUUUUGCAAGGCUCAAAAUGAACCCAUUUAUUUUUACUAUUCCUCUCCCCUACCCCUUAAUUUGCCUUUUUUCAACAAAUUCAUUUCUUUCCAUUCCUAUUGAAAAUGGCAGGGGGUGAGGAAAAGGGGCACAGAAGAAAAGGAGAAAAAUAAAAUUAGAAAAACAAUACAUUUCAAAGAAAACAUUCAUGAAAACUUUCCAGAACAAUUUUUGGACAUGCACAAAUUUUUGAGAUGCAAAAAACUUGCAACCAGCUCUAAUACACAAACAUUGAAAGAUGGUGUUAUUGAUCUUAGCCUUGCUCAGUUGCUCUGUUUCACCCUCCUCUCCUUACACUACUAACUAGCUGCCUGCUGGAUUCAGUAGCUAGGAGCAUGCAAGGACAAACUGCUGGAGACUUCACUGCCUCAUCUACACUAUGAAAAAUAAAAUAACCAGAAGCCUGAUUUUUCAAAGUAGUCCCCAAGCCCUCCCACCGCUCGCAUGGAUUUCAGCUGAGUUGUGAGUGCUCAGUAUCUCAGACAAUUGAGCCCUACGGGCCGGGGCCCAGAUCCUCCAAAGUCUUUAGGUGCUUUACUCUUAUUGAAAUCCAUGGGCAUUAGGCCCCUAAAUACCUUGGACAGUCUGGGCCCAGAUCCUCAGCUGGUGUCAAUGAUCGUAGUUCCAUGGAAGUCAAUGGACCGCUGACGGUUUUACACCAGCAGAGGAUUUGGCCCUUUGGGUAUGUCUACACUGUGAUUAAAAAUCUGCGGCAUCGAGUCUCAGAGCCCACCCCCCUCGUGGGGUCUCAGAGCCCAGGCUCCAUCCCUAAUGUCUACACCGUAAUUGUAUAGCUCUGCAGCCCGACCUCCAUGAGCCGAGUCAGCUGACCCAGGCCAUCUGCAGCUGUGCCAUGGGCCUUUUACUGCAGUGUAGGCAGUGUAGACAGACGGGCUGUGUUUAAACUGUUGAGAAAUAUAGUUUGUUUCAGUGCGGAUUGGUUUUUUGCCUCUGAGGUGAGAGAGGAAAAGUUAAGGCCCCAGGUUCUUGUCUAUAGAUAUUUACCACGGUUAGAACUGAGAUCCUUGCCCUGAUUAUAAUGAGGGUUUUUUUCUGUGCCAUGUGGGGACAAAAAUACCCGAGUCAAGAUUUUCAAAAGUCACUUUGGGUGCCUCAAUUGUUAGGUGACCAGCUUCAGACUCCUUUUAAAGGGGCCUGGUUUCUGGAGGGCAGGUUUUGAACACUUCCAAACCCCUUUAAGCUGUCUCACGUUGGAGCCCCACCCAAAUCACCCUGUUUCCAACACACACUGGCCCAAACCAGGCUUCCCAGCAGUGUUUUGAAACUUGGUUAUGUUUGUAGACAGGAUAUAUUCAGGAGCCCGUCUGCUCCAAAGCAGUGUAGAUGGGUGCAAUUUAGGGCACUGUCUGUUGGCACGCCUGAACAAUCAGACCAUGCUUCCUCUCAAUCUGAAGCCCAACUGGGGUACUUAACUUCUGCUUCUGCUUGCACACGGCUCAGAAGGGAAAAUGCUACGUAGAGGAAUGAAGCAAACCUGGCGCUUGCUCAGUGGCUGAGUGAGCUAGGGUUGAGCAGGUCUCCUGCAUCUUCUGAUCCAGUAUUGUCACUGACUCAUUGGAUACACAACCAGGAAAGUAGAGCUCGCCGAGGUGUGAACUGUCUCGCCCAUCCAUGGGCUGUUAACUCUGAAGUGAUGACUCAUUCAGUGUCAGCAUCUGUGAACAAUGUCAGUGCUGGUUACCUGAGCUGCAGGAACAUCCAGCCACAGUGGGCUUGUGAGUGCAGGCUGAGCAAAGCCCUCACUACUCCCAUCCUACCGCGUCCCACCACAAAAAUUGGGUGAGGGCUGGAGCUUUGGGGGAUCACACUCUUCAUAUGUCAUGGUCCAAAUGUGAAUUGCAUGUGAUGGGACAAUGGCUUGAACAGAGGCAGAUCUCCUUGGGCCCACAUCCUCCCAGACAUUUAGGAUCAAUGGGAGGUGCCUAAACACCUAUGAGGAUCUGGGCCUUUCUCCAUCUUUCACUUGAUAAGACAGUGCUUUCUAGUGGUUAGAGCAGAAAUGCAGGGCUCAGGUCUCCUGGGUUCUAUUCCCAGCUCUGCCACAGAUGUGCGGUGUGACCUUGGGCAAGUCAUUUUUCUCUGCCUCAGUUUCCCCCAUCUGUCAAAUGGGGAUAAUAAUACUUAACCUACCUCACAGGGGUGUUGUGAGGCUUCCUUCGAUGUUUGAAAAGUGCUUUGAAAUCCUCGGAUGAAAGGUGCUAUGAAGUGCAAAGUAUUAUUAUUAUUUUAUUUUAAAAUAUUAAAUAACUUAUAAUGAAGUGCGCGCGUGCCGUGGGCUUGUGUGGGCUGCAGGCGAUGUGAAAGCUGCAAUGACAGGCACUUAGUGCAAGUGGUGUGUGAUGCCAUUUGAAACCCUCUCCUUUCCAGCUGUGCAUCAUACCGGCUUCCUGGGUCUGGUGCUUCCCAGACAGCUGAGACGCGGUGAUGGGACUGCCGCCCUCAGCAGCUCAGACCUGCUUCCCCAGCCCUGCCCCACUAGCUGCUUCUGGCAUCAUCUGCCCUGAGAGAAGCACCUCAGUGAGCUUGCCGUCAGCUGGGGGGUACUUACUGUAAAUCUGGCCCCUCGCUGUUCUCUGUCCAGGACCCUUUUGCCCUAGUUGUUGGCAUAUGGGGAGGGGGGGUAUGUAAAUCAGCUCCCCAAAUUCUCGGGUUUUGCUCUUAUUUUUGGAUCAAACCGAAACUGCUCUUCCCCUACCUCUAACUGGGCUGUGUUCCCAGCCCUGCCUGGGAGAUCCUCUUGGCCCUACUGGUGUAGUGUUACUAACUGACAGUCAGAGAGUUAAUGGCACCAGUGGAACGUGCUGGGAAUGGAGAUUUGGCUGGCUCUGUGUUGUCGCGACUCCGGUUGAGUUUUCUGUUCAUGGCUAGUUCUUUCCCUGCUCACUGUGGAUUUGUUUUAGCUGAUCUGUAUCUCUGCAUCCUUUCUGCUGCUGCUCCUUAUCUUUCCCUGGGUCCAUUAUUUUAGUGAUGCGUCAUACGGACGCAACCCCACCCUGCAAACGGUAAGUUCAGUAGUGGCUCCAAGCCAGAUCCUAGCCCUACAGAAAGACUGAUUGGAAAAGCAAAAGCCUGCAGUAGGUUCGCAUGACUGAGCAAUUGCUCUUUCUCCUGCCCCCAACCCUCUUUUGGGGCCUUGCACUCCUACAGCCCAGAGAAGAUGAAGUGGUUUGGAUGGGAUGGUUGUUGUGACCCUGUGUAUUGAGUGAUCUUACCCAGUUUGAUUGUUGUACUGUUUUUUUUUUUUUAUUAAUAAAAUGGUAUUUUAAACUUG